UGAAUCUAUGUUUUCAUCCUUUAUAUGCUAGACUUUACCUAGACUUGAAAUCUCUCAUUAUUCUUGUUUCAAUAUCAAAUCUUCAAGUUUUACCUAAAGGAAAAAAAGAAACAUGGGUUUAGGUUUAUCUUGUUUGAUCGCUGCAAAAUCUCUGGUUCUUUUCUGUCUGUUUGGUUAUCUAAGAAACAUUGGAUUCAAAUUACUGUCAAUUCCAUUCUUGUAUUCCUCAUUGAUAUCUCUAUUAGUAUCCAUUGCCUCUCACCCAUCGAUCAAUCUUCCAUUACUUUUGGGGAAGAAGAGGGAUGGAACUUUUCCAAUUUGGUCAUUGAUCAUGUUCAGUCCAUAUUUGUACUUUGUUCGAGCUUUCUCUGCUUUAAGAAGAUUAAGUAGUGGUGAAGCUCCUUAUAGCGAAAUUUUUGAUGGUCUUUAUGUUGGAGGAUGGCCUUAUGCAUUAGAAAAGCUUCCUCCCGGUAACCCUGCAAUUAUUGAUUGCACUUGUGAAUUGCCAAGAAAAUUGGAUCUAUCUGGUAGGUCAUAUUUGUGCAUUCCAACAUGGGAUACUAGGUCUCCUGAACCUAGUGAAAUUGAAUCUGCUGUUAAAUGGGCUAUGAGAAAAAGAGUUCAGAAUUUCCCAAUCUUCGUUCAUUGUGCUUAUGGUCAUGGAAGGAGUGUUGCUGUGAUGUGUGCAUUGUUAGUGGCAAUGGGAUUAGCAGAUGAUUGGAAAAUUGCUGAGAUGAAGAUUAAGGAGAAACGACCUUAUAUUCGAAUGAAUUCUCUCCAUCGAAAAGCCUUGGAUGAAUGGUCAAAACAUCGUUUAUCAUCUCCAAAGAACAAAGGUAGUUAAUUAACAAUAUCAUAUGUCAAAUGUUGUAAAAUUGUUGGGCUUGGAGAUGGUUACUUCCAAUCACAUAUUUCCUGUUACUGUAAAAUGCUUGUUAUUGACACUUACUUAUAUUUAUCAAAUUUAAAUAUUCCUUUGCUGUA